AUGCAAGAGGUUAUAACGAAAUUCGGCUUCAAAUCACCAACCACUGGAAACGAUUUGACUCCCCCAAUUGCUUUCAAUUUGAUGUUUCCGUCUCAAAUAGGGCCCACUGGAGACUUCAAGGCCUACUUGCGCCCAGAAACGGCUCAAGGAAUAUUCGUCAACUUCAAACGUCUUCUGGAAUUCAAUCAGGGCAAACUACCGUUUGCUGCAGCGCAAAUCGGUCUUGGGUUCCGCAAUGAGAUCUCACCACGUCAGGGACUGAUCCGAGUUCGAGAGUUCACCAUGUGCGAAAUUGAACACUUUGUAGAUCCAAAUGAUAAAACUCUUCCCAAAUUCAAGAAGGUACAUUCCUAUCCUAUGGUGCUCUUCUCUGCCUGUAAUCAAAUGGACGGACAACCAGCUGUGUCGAUGACUAUAGGAGAAGCCGUGGAAAAGGGUGUUGUGGCCAAUGAAACGUUGGGAUAUUACAUGGCCCGUGUCCAUAUGUAUCUGGUCAAAGUUGGAGUUGAUCCACGACGUUUGCGGUUCCGUCAGCAUCUCGGCAAUGAAAUGGCGCAUUAUGCUCAGGAUUGUUGGGAUGCCGAAAUUCUGACCAGUUAUGGAUGGAUUGAGUGUGUCGGGAAUGCGGACCGCUCAUGUUACGACCUUACACAACACUCGAAGGCAACGAAUACCAAGGUUUCUUUUUAA